UACUUCUGUGAAUAGCGUGUUGAAAAGAAGAAGAGAACUUAUAAAUCGAGCAACUUUAUGUUUUUGUAACAAAAUAGUUUCAUAUUCAUUCGUUAAUAUAUAAAGGCCUAAUAAUGGCGUCCACAGUGCAAGAGCGCCAGCCGCUGAAUCGUAUGCCUCUUGAUAAAUGGACUACGAAAGAACAGCUUUGUCUGGCCUCGGCUGUGUCUCGCAGCGGCGAUCAAAAUUGGAUGUCUGUGAGUCGUUCUCUAAAACUUAUAUGUGGAAAUGGAAACACUGCUCGCCCGGUCGAUUGGUUUUCCCAAAAAAACUGUGCCGUACAAUAUGGUCAUUUGUUGGAAAAUGUUGAAACACCAAAACGCAAAAAGCGUACGAGCGAAAGUGCUAGUGAUUCUUCUUCGCCAGGGACUGUGGAGACAACCCCUGAUUUAAUUUUGAGACGUCUAAAUGACGAACGAAUUCAAGAGUUAAAGGCGGAAAUACGUAAAGAGCAAGAGGAAUUUGCCCAAAUCUGUAGGGAGCUUAAGGCAUUGCAAUCGGAAACUCUUUACGAAGAGCAGUUGCAUGAAUUGUGGAGUAGCAUUGAAAAGCAGCAAGAACAAAAACGCGUUGAAGAAAUGAAAUUAGAAAAUCAAAUGCGUGAAAGAGAACAAGAAAGGUUGGAGAUGCAACGUAAUUGGCGCACUUUGACACAGAUCACAACGCCUGUUGUUUCGCCAACACAAGCAAUCACCACUGAUACAACAUCAGUGGAUAUGGAUGUGGAAGACAUAAUAAGAGAAACAAGUCCGCAGCAAGAAGGGCUUACUGCUUCAAAUUCAAUGCAGCAGAAACAGUCAACCCAGCCGGGAACAUCACCAUUAUUAUCUUCUCUGCUCAAGUGUCAUUCCCCUGUAAACACUGCACCGCCAACAUCUAUAAAUACAUCUGCUGGUUCGUCGAAUAACUCUGCGCGGUCAUCUGCACCAACUAUAACAACUCUUCUAACUUGUGGAUCUAUACCUAAUAAAAACCAGCCAGCCAUUACAUUAAAAGCUAGUAUACCACCACAAAAAGCCGCCCAGUUACUUUCAAGUCCGAUUAGUGGCCCGCCGACAAUAACAUCUGUUCCCGUAACAACUAUAACAGCGCAAAAUUCAUUAAGCCCGUCACAGGCCGCCCCAACUUUAUCUAUGUUAUUGGAAAGGAAUAAAAUAUCGGCAACUGCAAAUGGAAGUAACGAAAACCACAAGGAUGCCUCGAAGCAGGCGCUGUUAGAGGGAACACCAAAUGUAUCUGAUUCUAACAAAGACGAAAUUCCAAUGGAACUUGACGAGGAUAUUGUCUCACAUGUUGAUGACAAUAAUGGGAAUAUAAUUAGCGCAAAUGAAUCUGAAGAACCCGAUCCUAACGAAGAACAACAAUUACUGGAGGUUUUCAAAAAUAUUGGCAACAUCGAUGAAUUAGAUAUAGACGUAGCUGCAGUUAUAGAUGAUGAAGAGGUGGAUUUUCUAAAGGACAUGGGUGCUGAUUCACUUGGUGAGACUACGAACGUUGCGGAUUUUGAGCAUAAAGAGGACACGAAUAUUAUCUCUACGACAUCAAACUUAGUAGCCGAAAAGAGUAAAGAUAAUGAUAGGCAAGAUAUUGCUAUAAACUCCGAAGGUAAUGGUACAUCCUCUGUUGGAUUGGUGAUACUAAAUCAAGUGGAAGAAACAAGUAAAACAGUAACCGGGGCAGAAGGUAAACCCAAAAAAAUAGAAACAAUUUCCAGUGAUGAUUCAAAUGACAACAUACCAUUAGCUGCUGUUGCUUCGUUGGAGCAAAGAGCGGCCCAUGAGAAAGAGAUUUUUAAAGAAAAAAAUGAUUCAAGUCUAAAAAACGAUGACAUAGAAGAUAGCAAUGAGUUCAGCAAAAACAAAAGUGACCAAACAACCAAAAUACUAUUAUCUUCAUUUGAGGAAGAUAAUCAGGCACAUGAUAAAUUAGAGAAACAAUUAGCAGAUUUGGUGGGAGCAAAUGAUUUAGAUGAAACAAAAAACUUAGACGAAGAUGGAAAGUCACUAGCAUUAAGUGAAAGUUCGGAUGUAAUAGUAAUUCCAACCGAUGAUGAUGACUCUUGCGGAGAUAAAGCGGGUCGGAGAAAUGAGAAAUCAAGCGUAGACGUAGAAGCAGCAAAAAUUAAAAAAGACUUGGAGUCCGAUGUAGGCGCUACAGAAUUGACAAAGAACGCAACUGGACAAAACGAGUACCCGACAGAAAUGGUCAAUACCUUAGCCGGCACCAACCAAGAAGCUCUUGUGCCACUACCACCAACAAUUUCAAUUGCUGACACUGAUGAAGACUCGUCGACCACAGACAUUAGUAUAGUCACACGAAAAGACGAUAAAUCGGGAAAUACUUCAUUAAAACAUAAUACACCCCUAGCGCGCAAGGGGUUACAUGAUACAAUACGACAAGACCAACAAAAUAAAACAGAUGAUGAAUCUACCACACAAUUUUCUUCAUCUUCGUCAUCAUCUGUUACUCCAGCCCGACCGCCAAUGCUGCGAAAAUUACGUGACCGAGACCGUUCCGAAAGCCCUAUGAUCGAAGGCGAAUCACACAUGGCAACCAAUAAUAUUAAUACAACUCCUCUUGAAAAUUUAAACAGUCAACGUCUGCGGCGACGCUACUCCUCAACACCUAUUAACGAUAGCAUACCAAACUCUCCCGCCUCAAGUGAUCGUGAUCGGGACGAGUUAGAAACACGCGUUCCUAAAAAGUCACUGUUGAGUAUUUUUCAUGUCCUUCAGUAUAGCAAAAAUGCCAGUGCACUACAACGAGCAUUCCACGAAGAUGUUAAAUUUGAUGAAGUUUGCUUGCGCCCAAUGGACAUGCUUUCGAUUAGAAAAUAUAUUGAAACGGGUACUAUACGCAAUGUGAGUGAGUUACAACGGGACAUUAUGUUAAUGUGCCAGAAUGGGUUAAUGUUGUUUAGGCACAAUACCGCGGGAUUCAAUGCUGCUAAUGCGUUCAUGCAAGAAUGCCAAGCUUUACCCGAAUUUGUGGCAAAUACAUAUAGCUCUGAUAGUAACAUACAAAUUAAAGAUAAUAAAGAUGUCAGUAAGUCACAAAACGUAAGCGGUACAAGCUCAAAAUCUCGAAGUGGUUCGAGAAAGAGCCAACGUAUCUCCUAAGAUUAGUUUGAGGAAAAUAUUAAAAAUCCACAUAAAAAAAUGAAAGUAUGUAUUUACUAUAUUAUAUUGUUUCAUUAAAAUUUAUAUUAGGUUUAGUGG